UCCGCACGCCGUUACCCCUCCGUGAGGCCCAGUCUCUCUCGCCACAGAUAGUCAGCACAUCAGAUGGCGGCGGCCGGCCUCGCGCUCUCGCUCUCGCUGCGCCCCGCGCAGCCGUCGGCGCGCGUGCCGAGGAGGGCUCUCCCGCCGCCUCUCCCGCCCCCGCAGGGGCGCCUCGCCGUCGGCUGCCGCGCGAGCGCGCUUGCCUCGCCGCCGCUGUCGCCCCUCGCGCGCCCCGGCGUCGCGUGCCGCGCCGCCACCGCCUUCCAGAAGCUCGACGCCGUCGCGGUGCGGGAGGAGGAGGAGGCCUUCAGGUCGGGGGCGGCGGCGGGGCACACGCUGCUGCCCCUCCAGCGCUGCAUCUUCUCCGACCACCUCACGCCGGUGCUCGCCUACCGCUGCCUCGUCCGGGAGGACGACCGCGAGGCGCCCAGCUUCCUCUUCGAGUCCGUGGAGCAGGCCUCCGAGGGCACCAAUGUGGGGAGGUACAGCGUGGUCGGGGCCCAGCCGGCCAUGGAGAUCGUGGCCAAGGCUAACCAGGUGACGGUCAUGGACCACGAGAUGAGGACCAAGGAGGAGCAGUACGCGGCUGACCCCAUGACCGUCCCAAGGGACAUCAUGGCGCAGUGGAAUCCGCAGAUUACAGUUGAUGGCCUGCCUGAUGCCUUCUGUGGAGGAUGGGUUGGAUUCUUCUCAUAUGAUACAGUGCGUUAUGUUGAGACAAAGAAGCUUCCGUUUUCUAAGGCGCCAGAGGAUGAUAGGAACCUUCCUGACAUUCAUUUAGGCCUCUACAAUGAUGUAGUCGUGUUUGAUCAUGUUGAAAAGAAAACACAUGUUAUUCAUUGGGUGAGAUUGGACUGCUAUCACUCAAUUGAUGAAGCAUAUGGAGAUGGGAAAAACCGGUUGGAAGCUUUGUUAUCAAGAUUGCAUAGCAGUAAUGUCCCAACCCUUUCCGCUGGUUCCAUUAAGCUCAACGUUGGGCAAUUCGGCUCAGCACUACAGAAAUCAACCAUGUCUAGUGAGGACUACAAGAAGUCUGUCGUGCAAGCAAAAGAGCACAUUCUAGCAGGUGAUAUUUUUCAAGUAGUACUAAGCCAACGUUUUGAGAGACGUACAUUCGCCGACCCUUUUGAGGUGUAUCGCGCAUUACGUAUUGUCAAUCCUAGCCCUUAUAUGGCCUAUCUACAGGCACGAGGUUGUAUUCUCGUAGCAUCAAGUCCUGAGAUUCUUACCCGGGUCGCAAAGAGGACAGUUGUCAAUCGACCUCUUGCUGGAACAAUCAGGAGAGGAAAAACAAAAGGUGAAGACAAGGUUCUAGAACAGCUCCUGCUGAGUGAUGAAAAACAACGUGCCGAGCACAUUAUGUUGGUAGAUCUAGGUCGGAAUGAUGUUGGAAAGGUGUCCAAACCAGGAACAGUAAAGGUGGAGAAAUUGAUGAAUAUUGAGCGAUAUUCACAUGUCAUGCACAUUAGCUCGACGGUUACUGGGGAGCUGCGUGACGACCUUACAUGUUGGGAUGCCCUGCGAGCUGCACUGCCUGUUGGAACCGUCAGUGGUGCUCCCAAGGUGAGAGCGAUGGAGCUGAUCGACGAGAUGGAAGUGACGAUGCGCGGGCCAUACAGUGGUGGCUUCGGCCAGAUCUCCUUCCGCGGUGACAUGGACAUCGCUCUCGCCCUGCGCACCAUCGUCUUCCCGAUGGCGUCCCGGUUCGACACCAUGUACUCGUAUGGCACAGACAGCAGCAACGCGCGCCAGGAGUGGGUGGCGCACAUCCAGACCGGCGCCGGGAUCGUCGCCGACAGUAAGCCGGACGAUGAGCAGCAGGAGUGCCAGAACAAGGCCGCCGGGCUCGCUCGCGCAAUCGAUCUCGCCGAGUCGACGUUCCUGGACUUGUCCGACGCAUAG